AUGAGUUUGUCGCCCCGUGAAUCACGUUCUUCAGAGGAUAAGUCCAAACCCCCCGAGAAAAUACAUUCCAUAGUCACUCGCGUUGCACCCACCGAUACUGAGAGCGAUGUGGACGCACGCAAGUUGGUCGAAAUGGGAUACCAGCCACAACUGCGGCGUAACUUUAGCAUUUGGUCUAUCCUUGGUGUGGGCUUCUCUGUGACAAACAGUUGGUGGGGUAUUAGUGCCGGACUGGUCGCUGGAGUCAAUAGUGGUGGUCCAGUACUUGUCAUAUACGGUAUUAUUCUGAUCGCCACGAUCUCCACUGGUGUAGGAAUCUCGCUCGCUGAGCUUGCGAGUGCGAUGCCUAACUCGGGAGGCCAGUACUAUUGGACCGCGCAACUGGCUCCCCGCAAGUGUGCACCAAUUCUUUCAUUCUUGACUGGUGCCGUAGGAUGGGCAGGAGCUGUUUUUACCAGUGCCAGUGUCUGUCUGAGCUUAGGAAGCUCAUUAGUUGGGAUGUACGCGCUCGGUCACCCUGACAUGAUCAUCCAGCCUUGGAUGGUAUUUGUAGCUUAUCAGCUGGUCAACGUGUUCGCCUUUAUCUUAAAUUGCUCUGGACGCCUUUUGCCCAAGGUGUCGGCAGCAUCGCUAUACAUCUCCCUUAUUUCCUGUUUUGUCAUCACGAUCGCGGUCCCAGCUGCCAGUAGAACGAAACAGUCCGCCAAAUUCGUGUUUGCGACUUUUGUAAACGAGACAGGUUGGGAAAACAAUGUGAUUGCCUUUAUUGUGGGAUUAAUAAACCCUAACUGCAAACGGUUUACAUCCAGGUCAUUUGCUUGUUUGGACGUUGCUACCCAUAUGGCUGAAGAAAUUCAUCAACCAGAACGAAUGAUUCCUCUUAGCAUCUUGGCUACAGUAGGAAUUGGUCUCGUUUCUUCUCUUGGCUAUAGCAUCGCCGUCUUCUUUAGUAUGUCCGACCUGGAGAAAAUAACUGGCACUCCCACCGGUGUCCCUAUUCUAGAACUUUAUCAUCAAGCUACAAGGAGCGUUGCUGGGGCAAUUAUUCUUCAGGUACUGAUUGUCUUAACCGGCCUUGGGUGUUUGACCGCUUGCCACACCUGGCAAGCACGUCUUGCAUGGUCAUUUGCUCGAGACCGAGGUAUGCCCGGAUCUAGGUAUUGGUCUGUUGUACAUCCUAAGCUCGGCGUCCACGUUCUCUUACCUUCGCUCAAAACCACAGUCUUUUAUAACUCCGUAUCUCAAACCAUCCGCAGCACGAUGAAAUCCUUUACUAGCAUCAUCGUCUUCUCCGCAGCUCUCGUUGGCUUCGUAGCAGCUAAACCUGCUGUUGAAACUCGCGACAGCUGUAAAGGCAACCAGUUCUGGUAUGCCAAACUUGGUUGCUGCCUUGACCAUGGAGGACCCUCGGCUCCUCCUACUCCUCCCCGCUCCCGCGAUUGCCCCAAAGAUAACUGGUACUGGAACACCAAGCAGGGUUGCUGCACUCCUCGUCAUGAAGACCCUCCUGAGCCUACUUGCAAGCGCGGCUUCUCUUGGUCUAAAGGAUCUUGGUGCUGCGAAGAAGAUCCCACUCCUACCACCGGCAACUCUACCCCUUCGCAAACUCCUCCGGGUGGCUCUUAUGGGGGAGGUAACAACGGUGGAUACAACGGAGGAUACAAUGGGGGCAACAAUGGAGGAUAUAACGGUGGAAACAACGGAGGAUAUAACGGAGGCAACCAUGGCUGGAAAGCCAAGCGCCACAAUCGCAUUGUUGAGCGAUGCCCUAGCAAGAAGACCGAAUGCCCCAUAAUCGGCGCUAAAUCUCUCAACAAAUCAUCUGAUUAUGAGUGCGUUGAUACUUAUCAAGAUAUCAAGCACUGUGGUGGGUGCUCUUCCCUGGGCGAGGGCCAGGACUGCACUGCUGUUGCUCACUCUUGGAAUGUGGGAUGCGAGGCCGGUGCUUGCAAGCUAUACACCUGCAAACCUGGCUACACUGUGUCAAAAGAAGAUGGCAAGACAUGCAUCAAGUCCUGA